CGCCACGUCCGGCGCGCUGCCUUCCGACACGCCAUUUCCGGCUCCCAGCUGGUCUGGGGAGGGGAGGCAGUGGCGUGAGGCGUACCGUGAGGUGUCCGGCUCGCCUGCUGCGAACCGUGAGCUAGCUUUCUCCGCGCGGGCUUCCUGGCCCGGGCUCCGAAUUAUUACUCUUUGCUACCAAUAAGCAUUCGUCUCCCCUCCUUCACGCUCUGCGCUUUUUUAUGUUUUGAUGCGGUGUAUGAAGUUAAUGUCAGAACUAUAGCUGUGUCAGCGUGUUAUGAUGCCGACUCGUACCAACCUGGCUACUGGAAUCCCCAGUAGUAAAGUGAAGUACUCAAGGCUAUCCAGUACAGACGAUGGCUACAUUGACCUUCAGUUUAAGAAAAGCCCUCCUAAGAUUCCAUAUAAGGCCAUUGCACUUGCUACGGUUCUGUUUUUGAUUGGCGCCUUCCUCAUUAUCAUAGGCUCCCUCCUGCUGGCAGGCUAUAUCAGCAAAGGGGGGGCAGACCGGGCUGUUCCCGUCCUGAUCAUUGGUAUCCUGGUGUUCCUGCCAGGAUUUUACCACCUGCGCAUCGCCUACUAUGCAUCCAAAGGCUACCGGGGAUACUCCUACGAUGACAUUCCAGACUUUGAUGACUAGCACACAUGUCAGCCCUGAAGAAAGGAGUCACAGAUGGGACUGAGCCCAGCUUUAAGACAUUGAGCAGAUACCGUGGCUAAGGGCUAAGGAGUUCUGUGAUUUGCAGAUGUUUAACAAAACAGUGGCCAGAUUUUAUGGGUCCAUCCUAAAGAUGUUAACUGAGCUUACAACUAUCCAUGUCAUCAGGACAGUCUCUAUUUUUCAUCUCCUGGCCCUGGCAAAAGCUCCUGACAAGUUUUUCCACAUGAAUAUGUAUCAUGAAAAGUAGCAAUGUUAAUUGUAUGGGAAAGUGGGAGGGUAUUCUGUAGUGGAAUGUGUUGCUGCCACCACCCUUUUUAGAGUUGAGCAUUCUUUUAAAUAGUACUCAUUGUCAAUAUGUUCUUGUGGCAAAUGGAAGAAUGCAGUAUGUCAGAUUUCUUAUUACUAAGUAAUUUAUUUUGAAAAUAUGUAAGUGUCUUAUCCCCAUACUCUAACUUUGUGUUCUAGUGGAAAACUGUGGCAAAUCAAAUAUCAGUUUGGUGCAUCUAUAAUAUUUUUUACUUGCUUUUUUUUUUUUUUGCGGUACGCAGGCCUCUCACUGUUGUGGCCUCUCCCGUUGUGGAGCACAGGCUCCGGACGCACAGGCUCA